AUGGCAGCGAGCAAGCGAGGGGCGAAUGGGGUGGCCAAGGAGGGUGAAGCAGGGCCCGCCACAUGCAAGGACACGGAUGAGAAGGAGGGCCCCAGCCUGAGGUCGGAGUGGAGCAGCGUGCUGGUCCUAGUGGUCCUGUACGCCCUCCAGGGGGUCCCCCUCGGCCUCAGCAUGGGGAGCAUGCCGUUCCUGAUGCAAGCGCGCAUGAGCUACACUGCCAUCGGCAUUUUCUCCUUCGCGGCCUACCCCUACUCCUUCAAGCUGCUGUGGAGCCCGGUGGUGGACGCCAGCGCCCUGCCCGGCCUGGGCCGCCGCAAGUCCUGGAUCGUCCCCCUCCAGCUCCUCAGCGGUGCAGUCAUGCUGCUGGGCGGCGCACACGCCCAGGCCCGGCUGGACGCCGGGGACGCGCUGGGGGUGACCCUGGCCUUCUUCGCGCUGGUCCUGCUGGCCGCCACGCAGGACGUGGCGGUGGACGGCUGGGCGCUGGAGCUGCUGUCGCCGCGCAACGUGGGCUGGGCCUCCACCUGCCAGACGGUGGGCAUGAACGUGGGCUACUUCCUCUCCUUCACCGUGUUCCUGGCGCUCAGCGACCCGGACUUUUGCAAUGCGCGCCUCAGGGCCCCCGACCAGGCCUCGGAUGGGGGCAUCGUGACGCUGGCAGGGUACCUCAGAUUUUGGGGCUGGGCGUACCUGGUCCUCACCCUGGCCAUCGCGGCGCUGAAGAAGGAAGGCGGCAGGCCCCGGCCCGCCCCGGCCGUGGACAAUGAGAUCUUCGGCGAGGGGGCCGCGCUCUGCUUGAACCACGCCGAGCCCGACGGCCAUGCCGCGCUGCAUGCGGUGCCGCUGGCGGCCGAGUGUGGGGCGGCGGCUCGGCAUGACGUCGAGGCCGAGCACUCGGCGGCAGCGCCCACCGUCUCGCAGGCGUACUGGCAGCUGCUGCGCGUGAUCAAUCUGCCGGCGGUCAAGCGCCUGGCCGUCGUGCUCAUCGUGUGCCGCCUGGGCAUGCUGCCUGCUGAGGCGGCAGCCGCCCUGAAGCUGCUGGAGAAGGGGGUCAGCAAGGAGGCAUUAGCUGCCCUGGUGCUGCUGGAAUUCCCCAUGGAGAUGGUGUCUGCCAUGGUGGCGGGGCGAUGGGCGGCGUCUGGCCGCCCCUUCCACCCCUGGCUCCUGGGGUACAAGGUCCGCCUGGUGCUUGCAGCCCUCAGCACUGCGGCGGUGUACCUCUUUCCCAGUGGCGCCCAAUCGCUGACGGACGCCCCCGUCGCCUUUGCGGCCGUGGCGGCUCUCGGCGUAGCCACGUCCUUCUGCAGCACGCUCAUGUUCACUGCCAUGGGCAGCUUUUAUAACAUAAUAAGCGACCCCAGCAUGGGGGGCGCCUACCUCACGCUGCUCAACACCAUCGCCAACAUUGGCAUCACCGUCCCCAAGUUUUUCGUGUUUGCGGCGAUGGACAGCCUGACGCGGCGGGUGUGCGUUGACGGCAGCUCCGGGCGGCCCCUCCCCGGUCUCCCCGGCGACACAUGCCCCGCCUCCGCGGCAGGCCACAGCCACUCCGCGCCGGCACACGCGGCGUGCGUUGCGGCGGGCGGGGAGUGCAUCGUGCUGAGGGACGGCUUCUACACCGUCUCUGCCCUCAGCAUCCUGGCAGGCCUGGCCAUCCUGCUGUGGCUGCGGGCCGACCUGCCGCGCCUCGAGGCCCUACCCCAGUCAGCCUGGAGGGCACCCUUGGGAAAGAAACCCCGCCCAGCCAAAGACAAGGAGCUGUGA